ACGGUUAACUGUAGAGUUACUAGGACGCGUGUGCGAUUUAACGUUGUAAACGUGUAAUAAUAAUAGUAUCGAGAAAUUUAAGUUUUACAGAAUAUAGCUAAGAUAAUUGUGUGUUUUAUGUUAUGUGCUAAGUACAUAUUUAAGGUCAUAGUGUGACUCGAUUUGUGUGUUUAGUUUUGUGUGAUUUUUGGCAUGAAUUUUAGUAUUAAUUUUUAUUAUAGUGAUUUCAUGUAACUUCGUAAAAUUUAAACUUAGACGGAUAAUGUAAUAGCAUUCUUUAAGAAAACCAGCGGACCCUAACGGACACGGCCAAACGCCACCCUAGCUAGCAGGAACCAUGCUCUAACGGACAAACAAACAAGUUUCAUAACCCGGGGGAAACACUACGCUUAAACAUGGACUCACCGAAAAUAGUAUACAAAUAUUAUUCAAAUCCAGCCUUUUGUUCGCAAAGUGAAGUUGUUUUUGCACAAAAAUCAUGUAUGAAGAGAAUUGUGUCGCCAGAGAGACAGAGAGUGCCUCCUUUGGGAGCCAAUUCGCCACGGAAGACUGAACUAAGCAACCGGAUUUUGAGAACGGAUAUUUCUGAUAAUCCUCUAAGAAUGUCCCCAGCUGGAAGGCACAAGGACGAACCGCCAGAAUUGCCGCCGAAACCACCAAAGUUUCAAACUAGAAAUUUUCAAAGACAAUCCUCUUUAAUAUGCAAGCCGACACGCUCAAUUGUUCUCUGUAGAACAAGGAGCGAAGAUCUGGAAAUGGCGCAAUUCAGGCAAAAGCAACAAUCCAAAUAUGACAGAAAUGCAGAAAGCGAUGACGGUUUGGAAGACUCUAGAACAAAACACAGAUACGAAGUAAUCCGUGAUUUUGACGACACUGUGGAUUAUUCGCCAACAAAGAAGAGAAUUGUGGAAGCGGAUGAAAGUGAAGUAGAAGAAUACAAUGUAGACGCACCAGACGACCACGAACUGAAAGAGAUACCGACUGAAAUUGUUAAGACAGUCAACGGCAAGACGCUAAGAUACGCUAUAGUCCCCUCUGACGACGAAGAAAGGAAUACAAGAGUGACCUUCACAUCCCCAAUGAUGUCGCAAAAGCAUUUGAUCGCGACACAAAAGCUGCACGAGUUGUUGUCCACGCCGCGAAAACUUAAGAGUUAUGCCAGCCAGCCGUCUGUGAGAAUGACGCCGAAUCAUUCUGGAAGCCCCAGGUAUCCUGAAACUCCGAUGAAGAUGGCAUCUAGCACGCCUACACAUAGCGUGACUCCAUCGAAAUCCUGCGCAAACCUUUUAACGCGAAAUGCAACAUCGCCCAUAUCUCCUAAAGCUCAACAGAAGUUGAACUAUGGGUUGCCAGAGUUUGAGAGGCAGGACGUGUUUGUAACCAGCUUUAGGGAUAAAAAAGAAAGGAGUUUUGAUAUGGAUAGACGGGAGGCGAGUAGAGAGAGUAGGAGAAUGACUCCGAAGCGGGAUAAGACUACCGCUGUGAUAAUGCCUAGGGUAGCAACACAAUCUCCAUCAGUAUACUCAGAGGAAACGUACAAAUCCUUUACGAGUCUGAAGUCCAUGAGUGCAGCAACUGCUUCGCUCACCAUUGCCGCUUUAAUGCUGACUCUGUGCGGCGGACUCUCUACUGGACUGAGCUUCUAUAUGAUGUAUAGCAUUGGCCGCCGCUAUUAUCUGGACUUUGGCGUACUUUCUGGAUUCACUUGCUUUUUAUUGGGGCUACUUGGUCUUCGGUCUAGGAGAAGUCAAUUACUGCCCAAUAGAAAUUACAUUUCCGGUUACAUCGUAUUGUCAACGUUUUCAUUGCUGAGUGCGUUCGGCUUGCUGAUUUUACUUUCUAUACAACCUCUGCCUGGUACAGCGCUUAAUGAUAUAACUUCGGGAGCAGUUUGCAGCAUCAGUGUUUUGUCUUUAUGCUUGGCUACAGUGGGAAUAUUAGCGUCAUAUUGUUGUGCUAGAGAUCCACCAGACAAUAGAGUUGGCGUGGGAACGGCUAGAUGGUACUGAAACUUUUAAAUUUCGCGUCAAAUUUUAAAUGAGUCUCCGGACAUAGCUUUAUUUAUUAAUUUGUAAUAGCGGAUAGUAUAGAUUUACAAAGUUCGAAAGUUUUUUGAUUGUCAAAGUAGCCAAAAGAACUAAUAUUUGUUAUCGCUUAAAGAUUGGUUCUGAAUGAGAAAAAAAACUGUUUAAAAAUUAGACCCCAUUUUCUUUUCACAAUGAUAAUAGUGUUUAAUUAUACACUAAGUAAAAUAAGUGUAGUAUAUACAAUAAGUGUUUCAUUCAGUUAUUAUAAAAUAUGGUAAAUACUGUAGUAAUAAUAAAAUGUGUAUAAAUAAAGAUA